AAGUACAGCAGAUUCGGGAUGGCACUCGCUUGCCAGGCGGGGAACCUCGAGGCUUACCCUUACUGCGCGGUGGAAUGGGCCUCAUGCGAGACCGACGCGUUUGCUGCGGACGACUAUUGGCACCUGCAGCACGGCUAUUACUUGAUGGAUGUUCUUCCAGAUUGCGCUGUGAAGGCAACGGCGGGCGAG